AUCUAUCUUUUAUUUACAUUCGACGUCUGUGCGUAGGUUUAUGGACUGACCUUGUACAAAGUGGCCUAUUAUGGUUGCAUAUUGACGUCCGGUGAAGGGGAAGAUGGAGGAAGGUGGAAAAGCAGACAAUCUGGCGACUGUAUCUUCUGAUCUGACAGAGAAGAGUGCAGCCAUCGACCCACGUCUGACUGAGUGUCCUGUAUGUCUUGAUCAACUCCGACAUCCGAAAUCGUUACCUUGUCUUCACACAUUCUGUGAAGAAUGCCUCGACAUCUACAUCACACAGAAGCCAGAUACACUAACCAAUUCCUUCCCCUGUCCAAUCUGUCGGUUGGAAACCGUACCAGUGGACCCGAAAGAGGAGAGAGGAAACUGGGCCAAACAAUUCCCGACCAACAACCUCAUUGUUGAAAUGUCUAAAAUGUGUUCCCGAGAAUCACAAGUAUACGAAUGCGAUCCAUGCAAGAAAAGGAAUGUAAGGAAUAUUGCAGCAAAAGUUUGGUGGAAAGAGUACAAUCGCUUUCUAUGUGAUGCAUGCCUUGAUAAACUCCGGGACGUCAUAGACGAUGACCAUACGCUAGUGGAAGUGACAUCGGGGCAGAAAUUCCUCUCAUCAACUUCUCCAACAUGCACCUACUGUCCGAAACACAAGAAGGAGACGGACCUGUACUGUGAGGAUCACCAGUCUGUAUGUUGCUCUACGUGUAUAGCUGUCGCCCACAGACGAUGUGAGGUAGUCACGACGCUGUCCGAGCAUGGAGACAAAGUCCGAAGUAGCACCCAAAUACAGGACAUGCGCUCUGAACUUCAAGAAGUAGCGGUAAAUAUGGAAUCCCUUGCUAAACAUAUCAAAAGGCAAACACAGAAUCUUGGCGACGGAAGAGACGUUGUAAUGGAACAGAUGACAGAUUUGCGUCAGAGAUUCGAGACACACCUGAACAAAUUACAGGAGGACAUUACCGAUGAACUGGACACUACGUACAAGGAAGAGAAAAAAAAACUUGAUGACAUGUUAAACAAGUGCGAGCGGAUGUACAUGGGUAUCAAAACAACGCAGGCUUUGUCGGAGAGUGAUGUAAUUCAAGAUGAUGACAUGCAAAUGGUGUCAUUUCUUCAUAGAGGUUGUUUGGAAAUAAGAUCUUGCAAAAACAUUAUGCCACAAGUAGUCCAGGCGUUAACUUCCGUGGAAAUUAGUCUCGACUAUGAAGAUGCAUUGUUUAUGGACGAUGCGACACCCAUACUAGGGAGAUUACAUAUCACUCGAACAAGACGGGGAUUUCUAUUUAAACAGCUGUGUCAUGCUGAGGCGAAAGAGGUAGGAAAACUGUGCAUAAAGACUGCUUCUGAUCAAAAGAGAUGCCAGGUGACGGGACUGUUAUACCUAUCGAACGGACACAUCAUAUUGGCGGAUGGUGGCAACAAUAAGGUAAAACUCUUCCAGGAAAAUGGAGAGUUACUUGAUGAACUGCCUCUUCAAGGACAACCUUGGGAUUUGUGCAUGGUAGCCAAAAACACUGUGGCCGUUACCAUGCAAAGCAAACAGCUGAUAUCAAAGAUCAGAAUGAAAUCUUCGAAGCUUAAACUAUAUCGAAACGCUGAUAUCAAGACUGGAAAGCCAUGUCACGGAAUAACGUACACUGAUGGUCAAUAUGUUCUGACAGCAGCACUCGCAUCUGAAAUAUACUGCUUGACAAAAGAUGAUUUGGCUCUGCAUAAGCUUACUUCGUAUCCCUACUAUCUCGCUAACGACUCGAUUAGCAAUGAUGUUAUAGGCAGUGUAUACACCUCCACUGUAGAUGACACCGCUGUGUUCCGACUUUCACCUGACGGGGUAAUCACAGAAAUUACAAAGGUGGGACUUUUGAAAGGCGGAAACGGAGUGGAUGUUGACGGGGAAGGAAACGUGUACGUCUGUGGCAGGAUUUCAAAUAACGUUGUUCAAAUCUCGCGAGACGGAACAGUUCGAGAACUCGUCAAUUCAGAAGAUUUACAACAACCAUACACAUUAUCUAUAUACGGUAGCAAACUUGUUUUGUCAAAUGCUGCCUCUGACACAAGCAAUCAUAUCACAAUAUACGAGUUAUUUUGAUGCAUAGAUAAAUCAGAUUCAACGGAAACAAAUCUGCGUUCAUGCGUUGUGGGGUUGUUCAUAAUCAGCACGUCGCUGUGAUAUGGGCUAUAUAUGAAAUGCUUUCCAAUGCUUUCUGUGAAAACAACUGCGAAAGCAACUGUGAAAACAACUGUGAAAAAACUGUGAAAACAUCUUAAUCAGAACAGAAAAAAAGACUUCUCUAAUUAGCAGCUAGUCACCAGCAAAAUAUGUAUUGUGUGGAAAACUCUUUUGGGGCCUUGAUUUUACGUUCUAGAUGAUUAUAUCCAAUCGACGCAGUAGACAUUUUUUCGCUUGUUUUUUUUUAAAGUCCUACAUCAUCAUCAAUAAAUCUAAUUUUGAUAUGAA